CCCCAAAUGCGUGUUUGGCCAGCUUCGUUCUGCACAGCACAGGCCCGCCGGGGGAGCAUGCCAGGUCCGGGCCGGGCCGGGCCGGGCCGGGCCGGGGGCCACCCACCCCCUCCCUCACCCCCUCCCCUUCUCCCUCUCCCAGGCCAACUGAGGCGCUUUUGAGGCGAAGACGUCACUGACGGGCGAAAGAGGAUCUGGAGAGGGGCUGUCAGGAGGUGGGCCUAACAGCACCGCAGCUGCAGGACAACUCCCGAGGGAGAAACGCCACGCCGCGCAGAGGCCGGCAAAGCCUCGCUGGCGGGUGCGGCUCCACCCCAGGCAGCCGGCACUAAAUAUAGUCCCCGGGGCAGGCCCGGGCUGGAGAGGCGGCUGGCGCGGCCUGGAUGGGCAGCCCAAGGUCACCGGCAGAGCGGCCCGGAGGAGCGCGGCGCUCGAUCCUGCGCCCGAGCCACGCCGCUUCCUGACCCGCGCAAGGGCAAGGCAAAAGCGCCGGGCGACCCGGAGGCAGCAAUCGCCCAGCCGCCGCCUUCUCCGGGGCUCCGGAGGCGCUUCGCGCUGCCAGGCCCGGGAAGGCGAAAGCGCCGAAAGUCCCUGCCCUGCCUCCCAGCCGAGCCGGGUCCACUUACAGUGCCUCCGCGGCGGGCGUUGCGAGGAGCUCAGCACCGGGAGCAGUGCGGCAGGAGAGCGUCCCAAAGCAGCCGAGGCGACGGCGGGCCCUGCGGCGCGGAGGUAGAGGGCCAUCGCGGAGGCGGGCGAAGGAAGAGGAAAGGGAGGACGUGCGAGCGGCGGCGGCGAGCACAGCACCCGGGCGGCGGGCGAGCCAGGCGUAGUCGAUGGAGCGCCCCCCCCCCCGCGCCUGCCCUGCGUCCCCCAUUGGGCCCUCCCCGGGCGGGGCGGAGCGGGGCGGCGCGGCGAGGGAGGGAUCGGGGCCGGGGAGAGCCACGCGGCGGGACGCCUCCUCCGCGCCACGUGCGCGGCGCCUUUGUUCUUUCGCGUCCCCGCGGGCGACUCGCCUGCCUGCCUCCCCCAGGCUUGUUUCCCAGCCCCCGGGCAAUUCAAAGGCAGCGCUAGCUCAGCUUUCCCCGACGACCCCCCCUUAGAUGUGCCCCCCCGAGAAGGGGCACACACACACAGUGGGGUGCCCCAGGCCCCUCGCCGCCUUCCCCCCGCCCUGUCUUUGGCCCACAGUAGCCGCAGCCCGCCAGGCGGCCCACCCCGUCGCGAGCGCCAAGGCCAGGCGCCGCUGCGAUAAGAGGCAUCCAUCAAGGAGAGAGGCGAAAGGCAGCAUCCGGUAGGCGCUACUGGUCUGGAGGUGGCGGCGGCCUGCCGGCCUUCCUGCCCUCGAGGCUCAGGGCUGAAGAGCAUCGGCAGAGCCGCCAGUCGCCCCUAAUCCGAGGGGCCGGGGCAGAGCGGAGCAGAGUCCUGCUCUGGAAAGGCAGUCACCGACGGCUCCCCAGCCCGGCAACGCGCAGUGUCCAAGAGAGGCGGCGUGGUGAUGGGCUGGCCUCCUUCUGAGGGCUCCCUCGGCGGCAUUCAGCCUGCGCGCCCCAAGAAACCAUCCCAACAGCCCAGUCCAGCCGGGGGGGGAGGCGGGGAGAGCCCCUUUGGGCAGGCAGGAGGGCCGGCGCUGGGGAGUGGCACCCACGGGGAUUACUGCCAGGCUGGGGAGGCGGGCACUGAGCACAGAGGGACCGGAGGGGUCGGCUCCUGCGCUCCGUGGGACCCAGGCUCCGCUGCUCCAGCCGCUUUUGGCGGCCAGAUCGCUGGGCUCGGCGGCUGGCUCAGACCACAGCGCCCAGUUCUUCUCCGAGAGGCCAGCCGGAUGCCCCCGUCGGAAGCCCGCAAGCAAGAUGCGAAGGCAGAGCAACGCUCCCCGCUGUUUGUUGACUGUUUAAUGCAUAUAUUGACCUGCAAUCGAUUACCUGCUCUGCAAGUGUUUUCAGUUCUCUGCCAUGGAUUCGCUGAUUGUCCUUUAGACGGGUCUCAGGGUUAUGCAUCUGUGAAAUGGAAACCACGUAGAAGACUCCUCUGCAGCACCCAACAUGCUUUGGCGGCAGCUCUGAAUUCCAAGCCCAAAACGACCUGUUUGUACAGCUUGUAUGUGUGCGGGAGGGUAAAAACAGGGAAUCAUAAGUAAAAUAAAUAAUUUUGCAUAUGGUGGA